AUGAGCCCUCCUGGAAUGGUUAGGGUUCGUCAUUUUGAGUUUUUAUGCCGAGCCCAUGGCAUCGAGCCGACCGUCGAGAAGUUCCGGGCUUUCUACCAACUUCAACGGACGAUGGGCUUCUUUUCCUUUGCCAGUCGUGGUGCUGCAAAGAAGAUCUUGUUAAACCCUCCAAAGAGUUUUCACGAUUGGAAACCCAAGUUCUUCUUUAUUCGAGAAGAGGUGCUUCCGAUUGCCAUGCCCUUCAGAGACUGGACUGAGCCCGUGUUGAAGGAGGAUCUUCCAAUCCUAAAGCAUGCACUGUGGUAUCAACAAUUAACCCCUACCCCGCAUCGGGUAUUUGGGGAAAAUGUGUUGGUGGCCGCGCGGAUGAGUGACCAGUGGUCAUCAGACAGCAAAGAGGUGCCUGUCUUGAAGAUUGGCGAUCAAGAGGCGCAACUAUAUCAAGCUGCUUUCGCUACUUUUGCUGGAUCUAUGGGCGUGCGCCCACUGCGCGAGGAUGAGGAGAGCUGGCAUGAGCAAAUUAGGGGCAAUUUUAUGUAUCCGGUUGCUGAUGCCUUUGCCUCGCCGCCUACUACGACUGAAGGUGCGCAAUUCCCUAAACCUCGUCCUUUGCGCUCUGUGACUUCUGCUAGGAAAGAGGUUGUCUAUCUUUCCAGCGAGGAGUCUGUAGGGUCUUCAAACGGCGAGCUAAGUCCGUGGUCUAACGUCUUUGCAGGUGUGUUGCGCGACCUGGGGGUUGACCCAGAAGAGAAGAAGAAGAAACCCUUGAAGAAGAAGAAGGUAAUUAACGUGGAUCCCGAGGUGACCAGCAAGGGGGCUGGUAGUAGUCGCGCAACCGCUGCUGCUGGUAAAGGUACUCUUCGCCUUCGACAAAGUGACUUAAACGAUUAUGUGAUCAUUAGUUAUUCACUUAAAGGCUUAUCACGCACAGCUGAGACAAAGACUGGAGCAGGUGGAUCAAGGAGCUCUGGGAGCGCGGGUUCUCGUAACCCUGAUGCUGGCGCGACUCCUUCCAUUGCUGCGCACGAAGAAGAGGAAACUGAAGAAGAAGAGGAUGUUGUUGCACAUUUGGUCAGCAGAAAAAGGGUUAGGAGCGAGACCACAUCUGGUGUGGUUGCUGCGCCGCUAACUGGUGCGAUUCCCUUGGUUGGGAAAACGAGCAACCUUCGAUCUUUAUAUAAAUUUUCUCCUGAGAUCAAGAAGAAAACCCCGGAGAAGGGGGUUAAGUUUACUGAGCCAGAGCCAAAGAGGCCGAAGAUCACCAUCAAAUCUUCUCAGACUAUUGGUGGUGAGUCUGCUAAAGAGAAGAAUGUUGCUGAGAAAGAUGUGGCGAAGGCUGUUGAGGCGCAGAGAAAGGCUGAGGAGCGCCAGAAGAAGGUGGAGGAAGAGAAAAAAAGGAAAGCUGAGGAAGAUAAGAAGAAGAAGGCUGAGGAGGAGAAGAGAGCCGAAGAGGCGAGGAAGAAGAGGGCCUCGGAGUUGGAGAAGGAGAGGGAACAGAAGAAGGCUGUGGAAAAGCCUGUCGAUGUUCCGGAGUUUGAAAUCCUUAAGGGUCCUGAGAGGAGGCAAGAGCCUGAAGUCACCAAACCUACCCACCCCGCGCAUGCUGAGGCCCAUGAUCGUUCAAAGAUAGUCACUUCCAAGGGGUCGGGUCGGUAUGUUUCCAGUGGCGCGAGCUCUGGUGGGGCUGGGGGCUACAACCCGAAUAUCAUUGGGGCGAAGGACACCGUUGGUGAUAUUUAUUAUAAGAGUUACACCGAGGAAGAACGUGGUAAUAUUCCUCACCAAGCUCCCUGGGGUUUGAAGCAAAGGGACACUUUUCAAGAAUUCGGGCCCUGCCGCGAUUGGUUUCUAAACUCUUUUACUCCCGGCGAGGUUAACUGGCAGAGGGCGAAGACCCAUGAAAUGUUGUACCGAACUUAUGUGAUCGGGGAGGCCAAUGCACGCGCCGCUAAUCAUCAGAUAGUUCGUGAGUGGCGAACGAUGGUUAGGGAGCGGGCAGAUUGGGAGGGUUAUCGCAAGCGGAUGCUGAAGCGUAUCACCGAUUUUGAGAAGUCCAAAGCUGCCUUUGAUGAGGAGAAGGCCAAGUUUGAUGCGGACAAGAAGGCAGAGGAAUGGGGGCGUGAGGGCCUGAAAAAUAAGCUUCAAACUGCUGAACAGCAACUGGCCAAGGAGAAGGCCGACUCGGAACAAAUUGUUGACCUUGAAGCGAAGAUUGUGGAGCUUACUGCGAGGGUUGAGGAUGCACAGGCUGAAAAGGCUGCCAAGCAGCAGAUUGAGGUUGAAUUGGCUGACGUGAAGGCGCAAUUGUCUAGCAAAGAUAAGGAUCUGCAUGCCAAGGAUGUCGAGAUUGCUGAGCUUAAACAUCGCCUGAAUGAUCAGAUUGAUAAAUGCGAGUCCUUGGAGAUCGACCUCGGAGCGGAGAAAGUUAAGGCUGCCACUGCAGAAGAGGCACGCACUGUCAGUGCCGCCGCCCUUAAUGUAGCGCAGACUAACUACUCUGAGGCGCAAGGUAUCGUUGAUACACUUGUCUCUGAGGCCGAGUGGAUGCGCAAUCGCGGAGUAGUGCUGGUUGCCAACUCUAUCCUCAAUGCUGGCGAGCUAGACCGCGCUGUUGCUGCUCUGACCAACGCUGCGCGCGCAGUAGGUCAUCGAGGAGGGUAUCUGGAAUGUGCCCAACACGUUGAGGAAAUGCUUGGACAAGAGUUUGAUGUGAGUCAUUGCUCGGUGACUGACCAAGCUCCUAUCGAGUUGACGCGUGCUGAGAGUGCUUAUGAUAACCUUUCCUUGCCCGUAAUAGACUUGGUAGUGGAGGCUUUAAAGAAGGAUGAUUGGUGCCAGCGCCUCAAGGCCAUUCUUGAUCCACCGGUGACUGUUGAGUUAUCAGAUGAAGAGGAACCAGCUGGUGAUGAUGGUGGAAAUGAUGACGAUAAUAAUGAUGAUGGUGGGAACGAUGAUGAUGGCGAUGAUGAUGGUGAUCAACAUGCACUCGAAUAG